AUGAAACACCCAAUUUUCUUCCUAUUCUUUGUGUUGGUUGCUACAGUUUCAGUAAUUAACGCUAUUCCGUAUGGAUUAAGUAAACGAACUACCAAAUUUGGUGUAUGUGGUGAAACCGAACCCCAUCCACCGCUUCUCGACGUAUCGAUAUCACCUGAUCCUAUUGUUUCUGGCCAGUCCGUUACUUUUUCCGUUGCCGGAACCGCGCCAGUUGAUAUUUCCUCGGCUUUCGCUCUCUUUUUUUUUUACAAUGACAAAACAAAAUAUAACAGAAAUUUUGGUGACAAGUUUUGUAACUUCUAUAACGCAUGUCCAGUCAAAAAAAAUGACAAGUUUCAGUUUAACUACACAGUUAAUCCGAACGAUUUGCCUAAUUCUUAUUCUAUUGACGUCAAAGUAAUGAAUCUCGAUAUCCAUCUAAAUAUGUGCGCUACGGCCACAGUCUGA